AUGUCGGUGCGGAAUUUUUGAGUUUUCCAAAUGCGAAUCACAGCGAAACGGUUUUCACAACUCUUGCAGCGCUGUCAGGUCGAUCGGAAUGGCAAAAUGCUGAUCCUUCUGCUGAUAACGGUUUCCCUCCUGGAAGCAAUUGGCGCCUUUCAACCGGAGUUUGUGGAAAGCAUUUCCAAUGUGUCCGUCGCGGUUGGACGCGAUGCCACCUUCACGUGUCACGUCCGCCACUUGGGCGGCUAUCGGGUGGGCUGGCUCAAGGCCGACACGAAGGCCAUUCAGGCGAUACACGAGAACGUGAUCACGCACAACCCGCGUGUCACAGUGAGCCACUUGGACCAGAGCACCUGGAACCUGCACAUCAAGGCCGUCUCCGAGGAGGAUCGGGGCGGCUACAUGUGCCAGUUGAAUACGGAUCCCAUGAAGAGUCAGAUAGGCUUCCUGGACGUGGUAAUACCGCCGGAUUUCAUCAGCGAGGACACCUCGUCGGAUGUGAUUGUGCCGGAGGGCAGUUCGGUGCGAUUGACAUGUCGGGCCCGUGGCUAUCCGGAACCGAUUGUCACCUGGCGGCGUGAAGAUGGCAACGAAAUUGUCCUCAAGGACAACGUGGGAACCAAGACCUUGGCUCCCUCAUUUCGCGGCGAGGUUCUGAAGCUGUCGAAGAUCUCAAGGAACGAGAUGGGCUCCUAUUUAUGCAUAGCCUCCAAUGGAGUCCCCCCUUCGGUUUCCAAGCGCAUCUCCCUCAGCAUUCACUUUCAUCCAGUCAUCCAAGUGCCGAAUCAAUUAGUCGGCGCACCACUUGGCACUGAUGUUCAAAUCGAGUGUCACGUCGAGGCCUCGCCCAAAUCAAUUAACUACUGGAUUAAGGACACGGGUGAAAUGAUAGUCACUUCGAGCAAGUACCACGUCCAGGAAAAGUCCCAGUCCAUGUACGAGACUCAAAUGGUGAUGAUUGUGCGGAAGUUCCAGAAGGACGAUGUCGGAUCCUAUCGCUGUAUUGCCAAGAACUCCUUGGGCGAGGUCGACAGCAGUAUUCGUCUCUACGAAAUCCCUGGACCGAACCGCAAUAAAAACCCGGGCGGCAAGGGCGGAGGCGUGUCCGGCGGGGGCGGUGGCGGCGGCGGAGCCGGAUCCGGCAACCUGGAUGCGGAUGCCAAUGACAUUUUAAAGCAGAAACAACAAGUCAAAGUCACCUACCAGCCGGACGACGAGGAGCUGCAGUACGGAUCCGUUGAGGAUUUCGACGGCGAUGGCGGGGAGGGUAUGGGCGGAGUAGGUGGCGGGGGUCCGUUAUCGCCACACGUUUACUAUACCAGCGGCAAUAAACCGCCCACACAUAAGCCGGGCGGCGGCAGCAACUCCGGCGGCAAUCAGCAUCAGCAUCAACAUCAGCAGCAACAUCACCACCACCAUCACCACCAGCAGCAUGGCGGGGCAGGGGCCGGGGCAGGCGGCGGUCAAGGGGGGGCCGGCGAAAUGGGCGGGGGCGGGGGCAUCACACGUAAGCCGCCGCCCUAUUACGGCAUCGGCAAUACGGAAGUACGCGGCGCCAUCGACAACAACGAAAUGAGCUCCGGCGUUUCGCGACUCCGAGGGGCAUUCCCCCUGCUCACCCUACUCCCCCUGCUCCACCUGCUCAUGCCACUGUCCUGCCUCCCCCUCUCCACGCCCCGCUAUCACCAGAGUUGGCACUGUCGACAGCCGCUCUUAAUGGGUUUGUCCGCCGUGUCCGGCUUUCUGCUCACGCUCUGCCUCUUAUAAUACGCAGUCUAAAGGACUCGCAAAAAAAAAAAAAAAAAAAUAAACCAAAAAAAGAACAGGAAAAAACAGGACACUCACACUCCAUAUUCACAAAAAAAAAUU